UUCUUUCAAGCCACAAGUCUCUGACAAUUCAACAAGGAACCAUUCCCCCAACAGGCUCUCUGAGAACUUCUUCCAAUAUGAUGCAAAUCAAGUACUUGUUCGCCCUCUUCGCUGUCCUGAUGCUCGUCGUCCUGGGAGCCAACGAGGCCGAUGCCGACUGUCUUUCCGGAAAAUAUAGGGGUCCCUGUGCCGUCUGGGACAAUGAGCUUUGCCGACGAAUUUGCAGGGAGGAAGGACGAGGCACUGGACACUGCAGCCCUAGUCUGAAGUGCUGGUGCGAAGGAUGCUAAGACAUCGAUUCUUAAAAAUAUUCUUUAAAAUUUGUUCAGCGCUACAAAUAUGGAAUAUCUAAUAAAAUAAAUAAUGUACAUUAA